AUGACUUCAGUUGGCAAAGAACCUACGAAAGACCCAAACUCACCAUGUGGUCUCCUAGCGGCCAAUGCUAUAUCGUUCGACUCUGCGUCAGGCAGCGCAACCUAUAACAAGGCAUUCGAUGACUUUGGGAAAUGCAAGGUACUACUGCUGGGGGAUGCUUCGCAUGGGACGUCUGAGUUCUACACGGCGCGAGCCGAGUUGUCCAAGUACAUGAUUGAACACCACGGGUUCAACAUUAUCGCCAUCGAAGGCGACUGGCCAGACGCAGAAGUUGUGGAUAGAUAUGUCCGGCGGCGAGUACCUCCCGACAAAGGCAUCAGUCUCACGGCCGUUGGCAAAACAAAAGACGCACGCGAGGCACCAUUCAUGCGCUUCCCGACGUGGAUGUGGCGAAACUCGGAAGUACAAGAAUUUGUAGAGUGGCUCCGGAAAUACAACACGAGCCAAGGCAAAUCUGUACACGAAUCCGUCGGCUUCUACGGACUGGACUUGUAUUCUCUCCGCAGCUCCAUGCAGGCCGUCAUUGACUAUCUCGACAAAGUAGACGGCGACAUGGCCGAAUUAGCAAGGCACAGGUACGAGCAGCUCAUGGUGUGGGCAGACGACCCUCACGACUACGGCGUCGCAGCCCUCGCCACAGGAUUCCAAGUCCACGAAAAAGAAGUCAUCUCCAUGCUGCAGGAUUUGCUCAAGAAGCGCGUGCAAUACUCCUCGGUCCACUGGGACGGGGACGAGUUUCAUAGCGCAGAGCAGAAUGCAAGAGUGGCGGCGGACGCAGAGCGGUACUACAAGACAAUGUAUUAUGGGCUCAACGAGUCUUGGAACCUGCGAGACACGCACAUGGCCAACACGCUGGGCCGAAUCCUCAAGCACCGAGGCGUCAAGUCAAAAGCCAUUGUGUGGGCACAUAACAGCCAUGUUGGCGACGCCCGGGCGACCAGCAUGGGCGCUUCUCGGCGUGAAAUCAACAUUGGCCAACUUUGCAAGGAGACGUACGGCCAAUCCUGCCUGAGUAUAGGUUGUGGCACGUACACUGGAAGCGUUGCAGCAGCGAGUACCUGGGGCGGCGAUAUGCGGGUUGUCAAGGUACAGCCAGCAUUGCCCGGCAGCUAUGAGGAGCUGAUGCAUGCCACGGGCAUUGACAGCUUUGCUCUGGACCUCAGACGUGGAAAAUGCGACGGGGCCCUGCGGAGGGAAUUGAUGAAGCCGCGGCUGGAGCGGUUUAUUGGCGUCAUAUACAAGCCGAGGACGGAAAGGCAAUCUCACUAUUCUUCGGCUAUUCUUCCGGAACAGUUUGAUGGCUUCUUGUGGUUCGAUAGCUCGUCCCCUGUGAGGGGUAUUGAAACUCAGCAGCCGGAGGAGCCUCUGGAAUACGAUGAGACCUGGCCGUUUGGCUUGUAA